GUGGUUUCUUCCUCCUCGACGGGACUAUAUAAACCUCAACCGACCGAUAAACCCUAACCCCUAAAAGGUAAAGUGAUCCAUUUUCGCCUCCCCACUCCAACCAACUCAUACAGACAGCUAUCGGUCUUCAAAUGAUUGUAAUUUGGUACUAUAUCCUCUCAUAAUCUGUGUUCUGAGAAGAACCUCACUUCACAUUUAUUGGAUUGGAUUGGAUGUUCAAGUUUUCAAGAAUGAAAUCGCUUCUCACUCUCAGUCCAGCUCUCUCCAAUCCCGCCGCUGGAGCUCCUCGUUCUCUCUAUUUCACCUCCCAACGCUGCAUUCUUCUCCACACGCCUUGCAAUAUUAAACCCCUUCGGAACCCUAGGUUUCCUUCCACUAAAUCAGUAGUCAAUUCUAUCAGCUGCAAUACAAAACCGUCUCAUUCCAGUCGAAUUCAAGAGUUUUGCACCCAAAAUGAGAAAUCGGGCGAGAUUCACGUGAUUGUGGGGCCAAUGUUCGCCGGAAAAACCACUACCCUUCUUAAGCGAAUGAAGUCGGAGAGCAGUAACGGCAGAUUUCAGGCGAAUGACACCGUAAAGAACACCUACCAUUUGGAUAGAACAUUAAAGGAUCUCUGUAUUACUGGGAGAAUUAAGGAAGCUGUUGGAAUAUUGUGCAGUACAGGAGUGCAAGUGAUUUCGGAGACCUAUUCUCUUCUCUUGCAAGAAUGCAUUUUCAGGAAAGAAUAUAAGAAGGGCAGACGAAUUCAUUGGCAAAUGGUGGCGGUUGGAUUUAUGCCCGAUGAAUAUCUGAAGAUCAAGCUUUUGAUUUUCUAUGCUAAAUUGGGAGAUUUGGAUACCGCGUACCUUAUUUUUGAUCGAUUGGUGAUGAAAACUUUGAUAUCGUGGAAUGCAGUAAUUGCAGGGUAUGUGCAAAAGGGGAUGGAAGAGGUGGGGUUGAGUCUCUACCACACAAUGAGACUAUGUGGUCUGAUACCGGAUCAGUAUACAUUUGCGUCGGUCUUUAGGGCCUGUUCUUCUCUAGCCAUUCUGGAACAGGGCAAGCAAGCUCACGCCGUAUUGAUUAAGACUCUAGUUAGUGGAAACGUUGUAGUUCACAGUGCACUCAUGGACAUGUACUUCAAAUGCAGUAGCCCCUGUGAUGGAUUUCGUGUAUUUGAUCAAUCUUUGGACCGGAAUGUUAUAACCUGGACUGCUUUGAUAUCUGGAUAUGGACUGCACGGGAGGGUUAAUGAGGUUUUGAGUUCUUUCCAUCAGAUGAUCAGUGAAGGCUUCAAGCCUAACCAGAUCACAUUUCUUGCAGUACUAAGUGCGUGCAGCCAUGGAGGUUUGGUGGAUGAAGGGCGGGCAUAUUUUUCAUCGAUGAUGAGAGACUUUGGUGUUCAGCCCAGAGGAAAACAUUACGCAGUUAUGGUUGAUCUUUUGGGACGAGCUGGAAAACUUGACGAGGCUUAUGAGUUUGUCCGAGCUUCACCUUGUAAGGAUCAUCCAGCAGUGUGGGGUGCUUUGCUUGGUGCCUGUCUAUGGAAAAAUGUCGCAGAAGUUAGGUGUGUGAUGAAGGAAUCGGGAAUAAAAAAGGUAAAUGUAGCUGUAAUAAAAUCAAGUAAAGACGUUAGGUAUGGGGUCGACUAUAUUGUGACGCACGAUGGAGAGAAGUUGCCAUGCUUGCCUUUAUCAGAUCUGUCGGAGUUCCGAGAGAAGCUGGGCGAUGAAGCCUAUGAUAAACUCGAUGUUAUCGGCAUUGAUGAAGCCCAGUUCUUCGGAGACCUAUACGACUUCUGCAGCAAUGUUGCCGAUCAUGAUGGAAAAACUGUGAUAGUCGCCGGUUUGGAUGGCGACUAUUUGAGAAGGAGCUUCGGUUCAGUGCUCGAUAUUAUCCCCAUUGCAGAUUCAGUGACAAAGCUCACGGCGCGAUGCGAGGUAUGUGGUAAGAAAGCAUUCUUUACAUUGAGAAAAACCAAUGAGGUCCAAACCGAACUCAUUGCUGGCGCCGAUGUAUACAUGCCGGUGUGCCGCAAGCACUAUGUAAGCGGACAAGUAGUUAAAGAGGCUGCGAAAGCUGUCCUCGAGUCUCGAAAUCGAGAGAUCACCCCGGCUGUAUAAGCUUUUAAGGCUAUUAUUUGUAGAACAUAACACAGCAUCACUUCUGAAUUACUAGGAAAUCUAAAUCUAUGUGCCUGUAGCAAUUUAAUGACAGAAUAUCUUGUUUUCUUGCUGUCCAAACUUAAACCUUUGUCUGUGGAAAUUCUGUAAAAUAGCUGAUUGAAGAACAAUUCAAAGUUUUCCCAAGUCUUAACCCCAAAUAGAUAAGAUGGACACGAUGUUCCUAGUCAGAAUGAACCUAAGUCAGGACAGAGAUUGAGCACGAAAUUACAUGUGAGAAUUCGAUGAUGUCUUCCAAGAUAUGCUGUAGUUUGUUUUUGGCUCUAUCUCCAUGCGGAACAUGUUACUAAAGCUCUGUUCUUCCA